CGUCCGGUCGACAAGAUGGCGGCGGGCCUGAGGGCGGUGAGGCGCUGGGGGCUGGUGGCGGCACCGCCACCGCCCAGCCUUGCUUUUACUCGUUCUGCAUUUGUUGUGAAAAAAGCAAAUAAUGCCCAACCGAACUGGCUGCGAGUUGGCUUGGCGUUUGGCACCAGUGCUGCCUUGUGGGCUCUCCUUAUCAAGCAGCACAAUGAGGAUGUAACGGAAUAUGAAAGAAGAAAAGCAAGAGCACAUCAGUGUAGACAAUGUUCAUAG